AUGUCAUCUUCACCUGAACAGUCGGGUAAAUUGCCCUUUACUUUUGGUAUCGAAAUUGAGUUUCUCUUUGGUGUUGACAAUGUACAGGUCUCUUCCGAUCCGGCACAUCGACAUCUCCUUGUCGAGAACAGCAUUAUCCACGACGAUGAUCUGUACGAUCCCGAAUUCGAAGUCCUUCAGGUUGCCGACCUCGGGGAUGUUGCAGGCCUUUUCCAAGCGGCUACAGUGCUUCGCCGCAACGGUGCCGACCUGCUGAUCAGAACAGAAGCCAAGUCUGAUGACGAAGACUUUAGCCGCUGGACCAUGACUUUGGAAGCCAUGGUGCCUCACCCCGAGUCAGAUUCGCAGUUGGCGGCAUUGACUGAUGGCAAGUAUCGACGAGUGGUAGACUGUUCUUUCGCCGGUCUCGAACUCAUCAGUCCUAUCUUGAAAGUGCCAGACAUGACCAACCUUGAGCCCAAUGGACUGGUGGAGGUCAAUCAAUUCCUUCAACUUAUGGCUGGAGAACAGCCUGGGCCUUGCUUCUUCAGUGCUACGCCCAAAAACGCCAGCGUUCAUGUACACAUCGGUGUACCACCCACGCCCGAAGGCGAUUCGGUUGACAUUCCGUUGAAUGCUUUGAGACACCUUGCAUGGAUCUGCAUUGCUUUCGAAGACGUAAUCACUCUUUUGCACCACCCAGAGCGACAUGGAUACGUCAACAGCAAGAUCUGGCCGAAUGCCCAGCCGAACCGCGUGUUUUUGGGACGAAACGAUCCCUUGGAACCGCUCCACAACUGUGCGGAAAAAGGACGGCCAUUCUAUCCGCAAGAGGAAUUCGCCAAGAUCUUCAACUUUGAGUAUUGCGACGAGGACAUGGAUAGGAAAGAGCUAAAGCACCUUUUGUGUUUUAGGAUGGGCCCCCUCUCUGGCUAUCCGACGGAAAGAACUUUUGUCAACUUCGCCAACAUUGUCCCAUUCCCCGGUGAUCCUGCACAUGCCAAGAAGACCAUCGAGUUUCGCCAACACCAUGGCACCCUCUCUGCCGAGGACAUUAGUGAGUGGGUUUUGUUUGUUACCGCACUGGUGCGCGCCGCAGAACGUAAGGCCGACGAGAGCCCUAGCCAGACCGAUUUGCCCGUCGAAUUCAUUGACAAGGUCAUUGAAGCACAAGGCAAUUAUGCAAAGCAGUUACUGACUUUCCAACAGGCAUGGAAAUAUGCCGACAUCCUACACUGCAAGGAGCGUUCCAUGAAGGAGCUGUUUGACCUGCUGGAGCUGCCACUCGAACGACGACAAUACUGGUGGAAUAGGGCUAUGAAGUUCGCCUCGGAAGAGUUCUUGGAAUAUCGCCGCAUGAGUACCUGCGACCCGCCAUGCCAGAAUCUUCCCAUGAGGGACUGUGCAGGGUGGGAAGAGGGAGAAUUGAUCCCUCAGCCGUGGGACACAGUACAAUCUUGUCGGUCUUGCAAGAGGUAA